AAUUAAAAAUUGAAGAAUCAGUAUCAAAAAUUGAAGAAAUGGAACUAAGAAUUGAAGGAAUUAAAUCAGGAAUUGAAAAACCAAGAUCAGAAAUUGAAGAAACAGAUUGGAAAUUAAGGAAUAG